AGUCUCACUGGCAAGGGGAGUCUUCAACGAGCCCCUGCUUCAGCCAGGAGUGCAUUCGCGCAGCGGCCGCCAUCAUGGAGAGGGCACAGCUUUUCCGGGACCCCUGCCUGGACUUCGACGCCUUCGCGUGCGGCAGGUUCGUCCAGGACCACGCUGCCCCGGACGACCACUACUUCACCAACACGCUGAUCUCAAUGCAGGACAUCAUCUUCGUCAGGCUCAAGAAGCUGCUGGAAGACACGAGUUCCUCCAACCGCAGUACGGCGGUGAGCAAAGUCAAGACUCUGUACAACUCCUGCAUGAACACCAGCAGCGUGGAACACGGCUCGGUGGCUCUGCUGCGGGACCUUCUGCGUGACGAAGGCGGCAUGGGGGCAUGGCCCGCGCUCGAGGAAUCUGAGCCUUUGACCCUGCAGUCCCUGGGACUGGAGCGGCGGCUGGCCGUGCUCCGAGUCCACGGCGUCGAGCCUUUCUUCCAGCUCCACGUGGGGCAGGACGAGAAGAACGCCUCUAUGCACGUCGUACAGAUCUUCAGCAGCUCGCCCGUACUGCGCAGCGAGUACUACCUCAACGACACGGACGACCGGUGCCGAGAGUCGCUUCGACUGUACAGGAACACCAUGGCGCAGGCCGCCAGGCUACUCGGGGCCAAGCACCCCGAGAGAGACAUCGACGACGUCGUCGAAUUCGAGGUCCAGUUCGCCAACAUUUCACACAUGGGGGACUACGAGGGCGGCGGAGGUUCGGGCGCCGCCAACACGACCAGCGAGAACCAAAGUUACGACUCUGCCAUGGUCAGCGUCACGCUGGCAGAGCUGCACGAGAUGGCUCCGGAGUUGAACUGGACCUGGCUUCUGCGGAGUGUAAUGGACUACGCGGAGAUGCAGCACGUGGACGAGGCAAGCGUUAAUCUGACCAUCGAAAACGACAGUAAUUACCUGCAGAGGUUUUUCGACCUCCUCAACAGAACGAACCCCAGGACAGUGGCCAACUACCUGUCGUGGCGGUUCGUGCUGUCGUACAUGCCUUACCUGGACGUGCACUUUCGGCGCCUGUACCAGGACUUCCGGCGCCGCGUGCCCGGACCCCACGAGGAGCGCACCUACCUGUCCCGCUGGAAGGAGUGCGUGCGCCUGCUCAGCGACGGCUUCAGCAUGCCCAUGGCCGCGCUCUUCGUCAGGCAGGACUUCGACGUCGACACCGACGCCCAGGUCGAGAAACUCAUCGAAGAGAUCAAGAAUACCUACGUGGAGACAUUUCCCAGGCAGCGGUUUCUGGACGAAAAGACCAAAGAGCUCUGCAAAGACAAGGUAGAGGCAAUGGGCCAAAAGGUUGGAUUUCCCAAGUUCAUCUUAGACCCCGCGGAACUGGAUAAGGAGUAUCAAGGUCUUGAGAUCGACGACGACCACUUCCUGGUGAAUAUCCUCAAAGUUCGGCGUUUUGAGUUUGCCAGGGACUUCUCAAAAAUAACGAAGCCUGUCGACAAAGAAAAAGAGUGGGCUACUAAUCCCCUGGUUGUAAAUGCAUAUUAUGACAUUCGUGGCAACUAUGCGAUCUACCCGCUUGGGAUCCUUCGUUCCCCCAUGCUGACUCUCAACAGACCACAGUACCUGAAUUUCGGCACGAUAGGCGUCGUCAUCGGCCACGAGAUCACGCACGGCUUUGCGGGCUUCGGCAAGAAGUUCGACAAGCACGGCAACUUCAGCAACUGGUGGCCCGACGAUGCCCUCGAGCAGCUCCGGCAGAGGGCGGGCUGCUUCGUCGACCAGUUCUCCCAGUUCCCGCUGAAGGAGCCCGGAGUCUACGUGAACGGGAACACGACGCUGGAGGAAAACAUCUGCGACUCAACGGCGGUAAAGCAGGCGUAUCGGGCGUACCAGCGGUGGACCUCGAAGCAUGGAGAGGAACCCCGCCUUCCCGGCUUGGGCCUUAGCAACGACCAAGUGUUCUUUGUCCAGUACGCCCAGAUAUGGUGCGAGGUGGUGGACGAAGAAGGUUAUAAGAAGUAUCAGUCGGAGUUGCACAGCCCCGGCAAGUACAGGUCCAACGGUGCCUUGCAGAACUUUGACGAAUUCGCGCGGGCCUUCCACUGUCCCCUGGGCAGUCCCAUGAACCCCGAGAAAAAGUGCUCCUUGUGGGACUGAGCUGCUUCCCCGGUCAACCCUGCCAGAAGCCCUCCCCAAGCAUCCGGUGUGGCGCCGCACUUUCGGUCGCUACGUCGCGGCACCUGGCCACGCCGCAGACCAGCGCUACACGCCGUGACGCCGUGGUCGACGCACUUCAGACGGGCACAGUUUGCCGACGAGCUCCGGUGCUCAUCACACCCAAUCCUCAGUGAGAAGAACGAACGUGGACCAGGAUGUAUACACGGAACCUUGACUGACUCUCUUGUUGUUGUUGUUUUCAUUGCAUAUGUUCGCGUGUGCCUGAGUGCUAGGUUCUCGUAGUGGGCCGAAGGAGAACUCAAUCCCUGGACAUACCCGAUUCAAAGGAUUUAUUAGGACGUUUGAAGGCCGAAAAUAUUCUUUAAAAAAAGGGCACUUUAUACGAGGGACUGAUUUCUUUGUGAUAGCGUCGUAAGCCGUGCGGACGUCGGGUGUGAGUGUAAUGUAAAAAAAUAAGAAUCCAGAUAAUUGAUUCACUAGUCUAUGUUUUAAAAGCAAGAUUUUCCCGGCAUGUUGCAAUUGGAGAUCUGCAUUCAAUCGAAAAAAUAGUUUAUAGCAGUCGUGAGAUUUUAGAUACUCAAAUUCAGUCUCGAAUUCUUCAGUGGGGGAUCUUGAUUCUCUCGGCGGCAAGCGCUACCAAAACUCAAACAAAAAAUAUCGCAGAGAUUCUCGCCCCGAAGACAAGUCAGAGGCCUCCGGGAGGCUGCUGGUCGCGGCAGUCACGAGCUGAUUUGUUAGCGGCGGAAUACCUUUGGGCUGUGCGCUCGCAUCAAUGUCGAAUCACAACCGUGUCACAGUUUGACGUCUCUAUAAAGACAGGGCUUCCUAUACUUCUUUUGUUGAUAUUUUGAUACUCAAGCCCACAACAACCUAAAUUAUCCAAUUAUUAGGGUGAAGUAUGAAUAUUCUGAUAGGUGCAGCGCUACAGAUCUCCAUUUGAGAUGUGACAGCUGAAAAUAGGCAGGACAGUACUUUUUGGUGAGUCUUAGUUAAAUAUUUCAUUAAUUGUAUGACCACUGGUGCCCUCACUUCCAACAUGGCCGGCAACGUCGCGUAAAAAUAUUAACUCAAAGUGACUCUUAUUUGGGGAAUAUUUUCUGCCCAAAUAAAUUUCUAUUUAUAGCAUUGGACACCAGGAUUGUGGAUGACGUAUUCAAGUGGGAAACCAAGCUGAAAUGCACUUGUUAGAGACGUGAGUUUUUGUGGCGUCAGUGAACGUGACGUCACGAGCGACUAGAGCGCCUUGUUGUGAAUGCCGUUGGAGCUGUUUCCCUUGUUCUAGGUGGAUUCCCGCAGUACGCACCCGAUAGACUUAACAUUAAAUCUACGCCCCAUUUCGGACGGUGGGUCUCGUUCGUCCGCCAUCAUUUGUGAGAAAAACUUGUUGAAGUGGGAAGAUUACCUUAUCUCAUAAGAAUGCAGUUGUUAUUCAAAAUAAAAUCUCGAAUUUUGCACUGGA